AUAACAAUAUCAACAAAAAAAUUUAAAAAAAAGCGCUUAAAUAUCAACAAAAAAUAUAACAAAAAACACACUAAAAGAAAAAUCACAAGAAGAAAACCCCAAGUCAGAGAAGUUCAAGAAACGAUGAAUCGCAAGUGGAACGGUAAAGGUAAAGCUGGAGCCCCAUCUACAGCGGGAGCCCCAUCUACAGCGGGAGCCGAUCCAUCUUCAUCCUCAUCGGGAUCAGGAUCAUCCGGCAUAGACAUUACAGAACCAAUCUUCAAUUGGCAGCCAAAUUUCCUCCGAGCAGGAGGACCAAGUGAUAUUGUGACUUGCAUGGAAAAUAUGCCAUCCGCAGGAACGGUUCGUGCAGCAGUAGAGACGGUUUUUACAGUAGCAGCGACGGCGGUUCGUGCAGCAGAGACUUGGAAUGAAUUGGGUAACAUGGAAACCCAAAAUCUCCAGGAUGGCCCGAAACGCCCUUUCAAGGCACCUCCUCGAAUUAAACCAAGAACAACAAAACCAAAACCAACAGGAACAGCAACAGCAACAACAACAACAAAUAAAAAAAGGAAACCAACAGACCGAAAACGCCUACAAGCAGAAGUGGCAAAAUACAAGUCGUAUAAGCGAUUAAAUUCAAUGAGAACUAAUUACUUAAGAUUUUUGUACUUGUAUGUCCGCAAACAUACCACUUCGACGUCAAAGCUGUCAGACGUAAUCAUGGAUGGGGCUCGUGCCUGGACAGCGCUCAGUAAUGACCAGAGAUUCAAGUAUCAAUUUCCCAAUGAAAAGGACAAAAGUAAAUAAGCAAACCCCUACCUCUGAUCCACACAAACACACUUACACACACACUUAAACACACACACACACACACACACACCAUACACUUACACACCUAUAAUCUUGGCCAAGACAAAUCUACCUGCAAUCACAACAAAUCCUCACUCUUACAUACAACUCACUGAUAUGCCACGCCCACUAAACCACUAUAAGCCAACUCUUCACGUACCUCUACCUAUAUGCGUAACAAACACACACACGCACAACCAAUCGCACAACCAAACGUCACAUGUAAUUGUACAUUUUUGCACAAAAUGUUUGUACUUCUAAAUUGUUCGUCAGUUUUCUUAUGUUUAUUGAGGCUAUGCCCAUGACAUACCAUUUGAAUGGUUUCUAAAUUUUAAAUAUGUUAAUAAUUCUAUAAUAUUAAAUUCUAAAUUCCUAUAGUUAAUGAUAA